CAAUGCCAAGAACAUUCAGUUAAUCCACGAGGUGAUCGCAGGAAACGGAGAGAUUGGUCAGCAAGAGAACAAGGUGGGCUGGGGGCCACACCAUGAAUCAACACUGCCAAGUGCAGUUCGCAAUACCAUUAGCACCGAGACACAACUGCGAUUUUUACAUUAGAAAAAUACCAAACUAGAAGAAAACAACAAACACAAAAAUCACUACUGAAAAAGUGUAGWUUGAAAAUGAAGAUGACUUUGUGAUUGUGAUAUUUUAAUUAAAUUGUGAUGUGGAAAAUUGUGAUUUUUGUUUUUUUCAUCGCCCACGUCAGGUGUCAAGGGUUUUACAAGGUCGUGGGGCCAAGAGCGGUCCGCCCCAACAGCGAAUACCACGUUGCCAUUUCAAUCCAACAAACAUCUGAGCCUACGACAGUCAGAGCAACUCUUCAAGGUAUUUCCCCUAACGGUUCGAUCUACACAAGCGACGAUCGGGUAGAAGUUCAACCCUACACUUCAAGAAUCCUCCGGUUGGAAGUCGGGGACGUGGACUACGGGGACUAUAAAUUAGUAGUGUCCGGAAAAGGCGGGGUUGAUUUUUAUUCCGACUAUCCAGUGGAGUUUGUGGAAAAAAGCUACUCGGUGUUUAUUCAAACCGAUAGAGCGGUUUACAAACCCGGAUCAAAAGUUCUGUUCCGGGCUGUUGUACUCAACUCGCAGUUGAAACCGGCGGCGGAAGUCCGGAAUGAACUACUUCACAUUUUUGUGACGGACGGACAAGGGAAUAGGAUUAAGGAAUGGAAAGGGAUCCAAGCUUUGCGAGGAGUCUUCACUGGAGAAGUGAAAUUGAGCGAGAGUCCAGUUUUGGGCAACUGGAAUAUUUCAGUCAAAAUCCACGGACAAACAUUCAGCAAAUCAAUAGAAGUCGCCGAAUAUAUUUUACCAAAAUUCAUUGUAAACAUUCAAGUGCCCAAACACAUGACGUUCAAGGAAAACAUCCUUGUUGCAAAUAUUCAGACCCAAUACAAUUAUGGGAAAAAAGUCAAAGGAGAGGCCACCGUGACCGUUUAUCCGACAAUUUUCUCCGGAGUCAUUCAACCUAUUUUCCAAAACCCAAUCCGGAAAGUAAUCCCAAUCGAAGGUUCGGCUACUGUUGAAUUCGACAUUGUCAAAGAACUCAAACUCACUGAUGAAUACGAAAGAGUCGUCAUGGUUGAUGUAACUGUUGAGGAAGCUUCAACGGGGCGCCGACAAAACAAUUCAGUCGAAGUCCAUUUGCAUAAAUAUAAUUAUAAAAUGGAUCUAAUUAAAACAGCUGAUUAUUUCAAACCGGGUCUGAAAUAUACCGCUUAUGUCAAGGUUUCAAAUCAUGAUGGGACUCCCCUAAGAUCAGAAAAUAAGGAAAUUACUGUCAGAUACGGUUAUUCACGAGCUGAUGAGGUCUACGUUACCGAGAAAUACAAGUUGGAUAAAAAUGGUGUUGUUAAAUUGGAGUAUUAUACUCCGAUGAAUGUUACAAACACUACUGCUCUCAGAAUCGAGGCCCAAUACCAGGAUCUCAAAGAACGCAUUUCGCCAAUUCCUGCUGCAGUUUCCUACAGUAACACCUUCCUUCAAGUGUCACUUGAGACUGAGAGACCUAUCGUCAACCUCGAUGUCGAGAUUUUAGUGAACUGCACUGAACGUUUAAGAUACAUCAGCUACGUCCUAAUGGGACGAGGCGAUGUCCUUAAUGCCAACACCUUCCAAGUUGACAACAUGCACGAAUAUCGGUUUCACUUCACUGCAACACGUGCUAUGGUACCGGUUGCCCACCUCAUAGUGUCUUACGUGCGUGACGAUGGAGAAUUAAUAGGAGAUGCUCUUGAUAUUGAAGUUGACGGACUUUUGCAAAACUACAUGGAAAUUCAAGUCAACCCGGUGGAAACUGAACCUGAACUUGAUAUCGAUAUAGCUAUCAGGGCCCAACCCAAUUCGUACGUUGCUAUAAUGGCAGUUGACCAAAACGCAAUCAAAAUYAGACCAGGUUUUGAUAUAACGCACAGUGAAGUGGCAGAAGAGUUGAAAAAAUACGACCCGGCCCAACAAUCACCCUAUUCAAUGAUCAUGCACGAUAGCAAAUAUCACUUCUUUUGGAAACCUGGAGCAGCCAACCCCCACAGUGCCAUCUAUAGUUCUGGAGCCGACUUAUUGACCAACUCUCAUGUCAAUAGACACCAACCGACUUUGGAAGAUAUUUAUUUACGCCCAGUUUUCUACGGCACUAGCACUGUCAAACCUGACCGAGGCUUCGGCUUACCUCUCCACACAGUCACUCGGCCACCCCUUGCAGGUCCUUACGCUUUCAGCCGAAUUCCUAAACCUGUUUGGAACAAACCUAAAGUUUACUUGACUGAAGAAAUCGCCGACACGUGGCUUUUCACCAACUUCUCGUCGGGUUACGAAGGCAAAACUUCAAUUCGCCGAAAAAUACCAAGUUCUCUAAACACUUGGGUCGUUACUGGAUUUUCUUUAGAUCCUAUUCAUGGGCUAGGAUUGAGCACAACUCCUAAAAAAGUCAAAGUUUCCAAAAGUUUCGUCGUGACUCUUGAUUUGCCGUUUUCGGUACAACYGCGAGAGAUUUUAGCUGUGCCAGUGGUUGUUUACAAUUAUAUGGAUAAGGAUGUCAAUGCUGAAGUCACACUUCACAAUCCUGAACAGAAAUUUGAGUUCGCUGAAAUUUCUAAUAAUAUUAAUUCGACCAGAAAAAUUGAGUUGUACAGACGCAAAAAAAUUAACAUUAAACGAAACAGCGGCAGUUCAGUAUCAUUCAUGAUAAGGCCKUUAAAACAAGACACAAUCGAAAUAAAAGUUACAGCAAAUAGUCCAAAAAGCCAAGAUGUUGCAAUUAAAUAUCUUCAAGUCACAACUGAAGGGGAGACUGAAUUUUACACAAAAACCGUUCUCAUCGAUUUACGCAACAACCCCAAUUACAAAAAAACAAUCAAUUUCACCAUCCCUCAAAACAUGGUGACUGGUUCUGAAAAAAUCGAGGUUUCAGCUGUUGGUGAUCUUCUCGGCCCGACUAUGGUCCACCUUGAAAAUUUGAUAAGACUUCCAACAGGAUGUGGUGAACAAAAUUUGAUUCAUCUCAUGCCUAAUUUAAUAAUUUUGCAAUAUCUGCGCUACACGAGACAAAUGACUCCUACUAUCCAAAACGAAGCUAUGGAUUUGCUUGAAAAGGGUUAUCAACAACAGUUGAGUUACAAACGUAAAGAUGGAUCGUUUAGUGCUUUUGGAAUGAGAGAUGAGAAAAGCAGUGUUUGGAUUACAGCUUAUGUAGCACUUACUCUAAAACAAGCGAAAAAUCAUAUUUACGUCGAUGAAAAGAUCAUUGAAGGUUGUCUAGAAUGGCUGGCGAAUAUUCAAGGCCGGAAUGGAAGUUUUGUUGAAGUUGGAUCUGUUGUUUAUAAAGAGAUUCAAAGUCGGGAAGGAAACAGUUUAGCUUUGACGGCUUUUACUCUUUUGGCCUUUAUCGAAAAUCAGGUAUUUUUUCCAAAAAACACAAAAAUCGAAAAUGAGUUGUUUUUUUUUCAGAAAUAUGCAUCCACAUACAGUAACACAAUUAAUAAAGGAUUGGAUUACAUUGCUAGAUACAUUUCUGAACAAGAAUCAAUCCACACUAUAGCCCUUUGUAGCUACACACUUCAACUAGCUCGUCACCCUUCCAAACAAAGCGCUUUCAACUUGCUUGAUCUUCGUUCAAAAAGCAGAGGGAACUUAAAAUGGUGGUCCAAAGACAUCCCAAGCAAUGAGAUUAAAAAUCCCUGGAACAAACUGCCGCGAUCGAUCGAUAUCGAAACUUCGGCUUAUGGUCUUUUAACUUUCCUUGAAGCUAAUUAUUUCGAAGACGCAAUUCCUGUCCUGAAUUGGCUACUAGACCAACAGAACAGUCUCGGGGGUUUCACUUCAUCCCAAGACACUUUCGUGGGACUUUACGCAAUUUAUAAACUAGUCCUGAAGUUAGCAACUAAUGUUAAUAUGCAAGUUGAAUUCACUUACGACAAAGACCAACGACACAAUUUUAAUGUUAAUAAGAAUAAUGCAAUGAUUCUUCAAAAACUUGAMUUACCGAAAAACAUACGUGAAGUUAAUGUGACAGCCCAGGGAAAGGGUUUGGCUGUUUUUAGGGUUUCGUAUCAGUAUAAUAUGAAUGUAACCGGGCCUUGGCCCAUGUUUACUCUGGAUCCACAAGUGGAUAAAAAUUCGAAUAAGGACCACUUACAAGUGUCGAUUUGCACAGGAUUUGUAAGUCGAAAUUUGAGUGAAACUCCAGAAAGCAACAUGGCAGUGAUGGAAGUCAACCUCCCGUCGGGUUUCACUGCCGAUGUUGACUCUCUACCAAGCCUAGAAGUGUCGCAAAAUGUUCAAAAAGUCGAAAUGCGUAAUGGCUUGACUAAGGUUAUCCUCUACUUCAACAAUGUUACAAGUUUAUACGAAUACUGUCCGACAGUGUCUGCAUUUAGGACACAUAAAGUCGCAAACCAGAAACCUGUCUCGGUUUUAAUUUUUGAUUAUUACGACAGUUCGAGACGGGCGAGACAGUUUUACCGAAGUAGAAUGUCAACUUUGUGUGAUAUAUGUGAGAAUGAGGACUGUGGUGACAUUUGCACCUCAGAAGCAAAUCCACAAAUUGCAGAGGAGAGUAAGGAAGGKAAAGGCAGCACGGCUUCCCUGCGUUCUAGUUGGUUAGGUCUCUUAGUAGUCAUUUUUGCCAUUGUGUAUUGUUAAGACGAGUCAAAAUUGUGAUUGGUGCAGGUGGUAGGGAGGGCCAAUAAGGAGUUUAUUAACGAAAACUCUAACAWAAUAAGUAAAAACUAAUUUGUUAAUAAGUUCCUCGUUUGGGUAAAAAGUGAGUCAYCAAAAUAACAAACCGUUCAGUCGUAUUAGAAUGUGUUCCCAACUUUAACAUACAAUUGAUGAAAUGUUGCAUUUUUCAUUCUAUAGGAUGGCCUCUUGUGACGAGCUUUUGGACAUUUGCAAAUGAGAAACAAUUCAUAAUGUUGGUUUUUUCCAUGCAAAACAUUGCAAAAAGUUAAAGUAAAAAAUGCAAUUCGAAGUAUUUAUAUAUUCAAUAAAAUUUGUGAAUAAAGUCUUUUGUGACUUUGAAUGUUGGCAAUAUUGAAUAAUGUAAGGACAAAAGAUAGAUGAUAUGGUGCUACAUUAGGAUAUAUUACAUGACGGCCAUGAAUCUGGUAGUCAAUGUUACCAAAUUAAAAUAUCAAAUUUGUGACCUACUUUGGAGUAGUAAAGCCACUUUAAUCAAAAAUUUAGUUGUACGCAUGGUACUUGCCAGUAUUAGACUGUCUUUAAAUUGUCUCACUUUAUAAAUAAUUAUUUGUAGUAUAAAUGAGUCGCGUUAUAAUAAUAAUUUUACAACUAACACUACUAGUCACCGGUCUCAGUAAUCCCUUUUUUGACUGAAUCAAGGGUCAAGUGAUGAAAACACAAUUCCACUUUUUUUGUUUAUUUUUAUAAAAACUAGUCUUUGGAUGUGAAAAAAAAUACACUAAUAAAAAUUCACAAUUACUGAA